AUGCUGAUGCGCAAGUCGACUCUCGCUAUUCUGGCCCUCGUGGACGUAGGAGCGGCAGCGGCAGCGGCUGCCAACUCCACCGUGUCGCUCCUCUUCCCUGGUUAUGCCACCGGGGAGAACUGGCAAGUUUUGGGAUCAAUCGUAGCUUCAGAUGCAGCGGCCACGACUUAUGCCCUCUCAUGUGCGGACACCAGCGACGACUCGGAGUGCCCCAUCCCAACAUCUUUCACCUUUGUCGAGGGGCCUUCGACCAUUCAUUACCAGAUGACAUUGCCCUACGGCUCGGGUUCGAAUGAGUUGAACUGCAAAAUAACGCCGGCACCCUCGCCUUUGGGAGUGUGUACAGCCACCGUUGCGGAGAUAGAGUCGUCCUCCACGGAAACGUCCAGAAUUACUCUGUCCUUGAACGACGCUAGUUACUCUUCUUAUGUUGGGACUUUAGCUGUUACCAUCACAGCUGGAGUAGCGGCUACAACCAGCAGUGUUGCCUCUACGACCACAUCCGCAUCCCCAUCGUCGAGCAAAGGGAGCGGUAGCUCGACGAGAUCGGGAACUCCUGCGGUUGGAAGUCCCAGCAGCACGAGUCUCAGCACAGGAGGGACACCCAUGAUCACGCAAGCACCCUGGGUCCUUGGAGCAGCUGCAGCGUUGGCCUAUGCGGCGUUGUAG